AUGGCGCUCGCAGAUGCCACGGAGUCAGCUGACUUAGUGCUCGCAAAUGACACCGACUACCCCACCCGCGCCGCCCUGCAUAGUGGACAACGUAACACGACCCCAGACCUGACGUUAUCCACACCAGCCUACUUGAAAGACUGGCGAUGCGAUCCGGACGCCUGGGGCAGCGACCACUAUCCACUGUGGAUUACUUUGAACGUGGGACGAAAGCGUGCGGCCGGGCGCGCUGUGCGCACGAUCAGAUGCGAUGCCUACAGAAGAGCAUUUGCGGAGCAACCCAAGACUUCAUCCGUACGGGAGCGGGCGUCACGCGCCCUGCGCAAGGCCACUACUGAGACUGAGGUGAGAGCUGAUGCUCCGGCGCCGGACAUACAUAUGAUAAACCUUUGGGAUGCGCGCAAGCGAGCACAGUUGACGUACGAAGCCAAUGGCCGACGACAUCGCGACCGUGUGCGACUUCGACGUCGCACUGCCAUCGCUAGAAGAUACGCCAAGCGCCUGUAUCGGGAACGUUGGAGCCAGCACUGCUCCUCAUUCAACGAAAGAACUGGCCUCCACAAGGUGUGGCACACGUUCAAGGCUAUGACAGGUCAGCGUAAAACACGCAGCGCUAUUUCAAACGUCUUGCUCAAAACUAGCCAGUCAGUCAGCCAACUCCAAGAUGAUGCCGCGAACACGUUUUUUCCCCAACCGGCGACGCCCCCGACCAUCGACAUUUACCGGAAAACGCCGCCAGUGACCGAUGAGGGCAUCCAGGCCCCAUUCUCCCUCUUCGAGCUCGAACAGACACUUUCUUCCAUCAACGCGUGCAGUGCGCCAGGCUAUGACGGCGUGACGUGGGCGGCUCUGAGGAAUCUGGAAGAAUACGCAAAAAAGCAACUUCUCGAGGAGAUUAACGAAGUGUGGAUCAACGAAACAGAGGGUCGCUCUCAUCCAGCCCAGACAGGGUUUAGACAAAACCUUGGCACUCAUGACAGCCUCCUACUUGUGAGGGAAGGUGUACUGCGUCGAAAGACAGUCGGUCGCGCAAAGCGACACCCGAGCGUCCUGGUGGCGGUGGACCUCCGUAAAGCUUUUGACGCUGUGACGCAUGAGGCAAUCAUCGAGGCAGCUGAGAGGCACGGAAUCACGGGCCGCCCCCUCAACUGUGCAUUCCUUCCUUCAAGAUCGCACUUUUUCCAUACGGGUCGACGGAGACGUCGGGAAAGUUACCCAAACAUAGUGGGAGUCCCACAAGGCUCCAUACUAUCACCCCUCCUCUUUAAUUUGACUAUGAUAGGCCUGACUGAGCGACUGGAGGCUAUUUCCGAACUGGGCUUCACAAUUUACGCAGAUGACAUCACGUUAUGGACUGCAUCACGACCAAUUGAUGAGCAGCAGGAGACCCUGCAGGCGGCACUUGACGUUAUUGACGACUACCUGCCACAAACUGGCAUCCGGCCAUCUCCAGAGAAGACAACCUAUGAGGUGAUCCGAGGUUCAACGCAGGACGAAGCAGCCCUCACGCUCACUCUCGCAGGCAAAACGCUGCAGCGAGCAGAAAAAUCAGUGCGCGUUCUCGGGAUACCUAUUGACCGCACAGGCACAGCGGAUGCGUGGCUCGCAGACCUUCGUCGGACAUGGCACAAAACUCUGCACCUCAUAAAACGAAUCUGUUUCCGCAGGGGCGGUGCUGGUACCGACGUAUGCCGAAAGCUUGUUAGUGCUUUGCUGACAUCCCGAGCGAUAUACGGAGCGCGCUGUUAUGACCUGCUUGCUCAGCACUGGACACAGCUAGAGGUACUCCACAUAUCAGCUCUCCGUGUUAUCACGGGGCUCCCGAAACACACACUUGUCGAGGAGCUACAUCGCUAUGCGAAGUUGCCUACCCUCCGUGCAACCAUCGAAGCAUCGAAGGCAGGACACGAGGAACGCCUGAAGCACACCAGACAAGGCAGGACUAUACUGGCCUACAUGGGAAAGGAUAUAUCAACUUUGCCACAACUGCCAUCCGAUAUCUCCCCGUGGGAUGACAUUGCUGUCGUCGACACUACACCAACGCCCCGAAACAUGGGUGCCCAACAUGCGCACCACCGGGCAGCAUUCGCUGCGUGUCAUGUGCAGACAUUGGCAGACGCACCGCCAAGCCAUGAACAAGUGUACACUGACGCAGCUUUCGACCCACGCACCAACGAGGGAGCAGUCGCCUACCACGUAGUGGGUUCUUGUGAGACACAUUCUACCUUUACAACUGCUGAUGCUGACGACCCAACGGAACUUGAACUCCGCGCAAUAGUCUGGGCAUUAGAUAGAGUUUCAAGCACGACGCAAGCAAAACACAUCGAUAUAUACACCGACUCUCAGUAUGCGCUGCAUGCCUGCAAGUCGCGCCACACAUCAUCAUCGGAAGUACUCCUCGUCAAGCAGGCCUUCAGGCGUGCGGAAGCCCACGGGGUCACUGCAACACUUCAUUGGAUCCCUGGUCACCAGGGCAUCGAGGGAAAUGAGAGAGCCCACGAGGCGGCGCGCGCCCUUCUUUCCAACCGCGUCGUCUCCCGGGUUCCUUCAGAAGCCCUCACAACCAGCACAAGCAACACGACAAAUGGAGCCCCGUAUGACCCCGACAGAGCUCUGAGAGCAGCAGCCAACCGACGCAAAAGGGAACUCCAUGCGAGUGUGCCCUCAGACCCAGACCCACUUCCAGCGGGUCUUCCCAGGUCGGGGCAGGUGCUGUUGCAUAGGCUCCGUUCCGGCUUCGUCCUCACACCGGAUGUGCUGGAAUGGUGGCGACAGUACCAGCCACGCCGGGAAAGACGCCCUCCAUCUCCGUCUCCCAACUCCCUUCCAUCGCAGGAACCCGGCCAUCCCACAGCCUCCGCGGAUCAAGAAGCGCUCCAGACGCCACACAGUGAGGACCCAGAUGGAGCCUUUGCUGUUGACGACGGGCGCCCGGCAGGCCCACUCGAGUGUCGCAGGGCGGAAGACGAUAACGUUGAAUACGACGAUGAGGACGACGAUGACAAGAAGCUGUGCCCCGACGACUUCCCUACACCCGCCGGUUGUUUCCACGAAGUUCUUCAGGACGUGCUCGUCAUCUUUCGAAAGUCUUUCUUCGUUAGUCAGUCCCAGAUGUUCUACUUCCCAGGAAGACCUCAGUUGCUGGGAAACGUUGGCUUCCGUUAG